GCCAGUCGAGCCGAUUCGCGAGCGGUGGCUGGCCCGGCUGGCCUGGUGUCGCCUUUGCGCCUCUCCCCGGCCGGCCUCCCCGGCGCUCGGCGCUCUCGGUCGCGAGCUGCACCCCGUCGGUGGGCCCGGCCGCCGCCGCGCGCAAGGCGCACCGCGUAUCGUGUUCAAGUCCACACAGCUAGAUAAUCUUCUACGAUCGCCUUUACCUAAACGACCCGAACCACUCGACCCGCCUCUUCCAGGGACGACACGAUGAUCGACCUCGAGCUCCCUGGCGUGGGCGUGCGCCUCGGCGUCCACAACGACGCCUUGCUCCGCCUUCCCCGGCGCACCGCGUCGAGCAGCAACCUGCCGCCAUCGCGCUGCUCCGUGUCUGUUCUCCCACCCUCCGGGCCGGUGCACAACGGUGUUCACUCCCCAACGCGUCGACGCUGCGCGCCGUCAUCGUCCUCCUCGUCGAGUCCGCUGCCCCGGCGGCGGCACCGCCACCACCACCAUCAGCAUCAGCAGCAUCAGCAGCAGCAGCAGCACGAGGUCGAGGAGCAGGAAGAGGACCCACAGCGCGUUCUGAAGCUGAGCCUCCGCAAGCCCGGCGCCUGGCAGUGGCAGGUGCACACGUCGGCGUCCUCGCCCGCGCUGCUGGUGCCCGCCGUGCAGCUCUACGACCACCGCGGCAGGCUGCUACUGGACACCUCCUCCUCCUCGGCGUCCGUCAGCAAGAGCAGCAGCUACCGGAGUGACGCCGGCAGCAGUCCCUGGCCCGGCGGCAGCGGCGGCGGCGGGCAGCACCACAGGCGGCGGCGGCGGCAUCGCUACUGCGGCAGCGGCAGCGGCAGCAGCAACUACUCAGGCGUUGAAGUUGACGAUGCCGAGCUGGCCAUGGCACCCGCCCUCCGCUCCGUGCCGCACGCCGUGCCGCACGACGCCGUACCGCUGGAGGGUCAACCGCCAGCCCACUGCAGUGCCCUAGUGGGCGAGGAGGCUCAGCAGGAGGCUCUCGAGGUCAUGGGCAGCAGUGGCAGCCGCCCCUCGGCCCCGGGCAAGCCGGGCCUGCUUGGGCGGCGCACCCAGUCCUCGGGGUCCCUGUGCACGGGCGCGCGCGCCGGCGACAAGCUAGGUCGGCUGCUGGCGCCCUGCGGCCGCCACCGACACCACCGCCACUGCCACAACAGCAACGGCACGGAGGACCCUCGGCAUCACAGGUACAAGCUGUGCGGCUCGCUGCCAAACCGUUUGGACGCGGCGCAGCAGGACUUGGACGUGUGCGACAACAACAACAUGACCCCUGCCUCCCCCGCUGCGUCCGAGAAGGACCUACAGGACCUCGGGUACGCGUCCGAACGCUCGCCGGACGACGAGAAGCACUUCCCAGGGGACAUGCUGGGUGCGUGCGAGUCGGUGUCGCUGCAGCGAGGCUCGCGCGGCCUGGGGCUGUCCGUGUGCGGCGGCGUGGACUGCGCGCCCGACGGGCUGGUGCGCAUCAAGCGCCUGUUCCCGCACCAGCCCGCCUGGCAGAGCGGUCGCCUGCGGCCGGGCGACGUCCUCCUGGCCGUCAACGGGGAGCCGCUCAGCGGGCUCACAAACCACGAGGCCCUGGAGGUGCUGCGGACCGCCUCGGACCACGUGGUGUUGACGGUGGCCCGGCCGGCCCGGCCGCCGUCCUGGGCGCCGCCCCAACAGCGGGAGCACGCGCCGCCGCAGUACCUGCAGCUGCCGACCGCCGAGCAGCGCCUCGCGCGCCAAGACUCUUGUGGGGAGCUGGAAGUGUCGUUAAGCAAGGUGCAGGGCAGCCUGGGCUUCACGCUGCGCAAGGAGGACUCGAGCGCGCUGGGCCACUACGUGCGCGCCCUGGUGCGUGAGCCGGCGCUCUCGGACGGGCGCAUCCGGCCCGGGGACAAGAUAGUGGCGGUGAACGGCAUGGACAUCAGCCACAUGACGCACGAGGAGGCAGUGCUCUUCUUGCGACAGGCGGGCGACACGGUGCACCUUCGGUUGUACCGCGACGUGGGGCAGACCCCGGUGUCGGCGCUCUCGCCCACCGAGGCGCGACCCAAGACGCUGAGGAAGGAGGCCCUGGACAUGCUGAGCGACCUGGCUGUGCGCCGGCUGGCCCCGCGGCCGGGCGAGUCCUCCACCCUGGGCAGGCCGCGCAAGGUGGCGGACCGGCCGCAGCCCGACAGGACCGACAGGGCGCACGCGUCCUCGCAGCCCUCGCUGCAGCAGCAGCAGCAGCAGCAGCAGCAGCAGCGCCAGCACCAGCGCUCGCGAACGCAGUCAUUUGGGGAGCGGCUGUCGCACCGCUCUCAGGAACUGAUCUCAUCUAGUCAUACAAGCAGGGAGCAGAGUCCCCUCGUGGACCUGGCAGACUCCACCGUGUCCAGCUCGUCCCUCAGCUCGCUGGCCUCGGUGGUGGAGCGGCCGCCGGGGCUCCGCGGCGUCGUGGUCGGGGGCGUCAGGCGGCCCGACUUCCUGGAGCUCAGCGAGCGGGGAGGACCCGGCGCGGCCGCCCCGGGCUGGCACCUGCAGCGGCUGACGCUCACCACUCCCCCCGCCAAGGAGUCUUGGGCCGACGACGGUAAGUCGAGCGACUUUGCGAGUCUGCCGUGUAACAGUCCAGACGAGCGGGUCCGGCCGGGGAACAACUUCAGCCACCGGAACCGGAACCCGGCCUUCCAGUCGGCGCACCCCACGUGCCGCAGCCACAGCCCCGGCCGCGCGCUGGGGACCCUCGGACACGCGCAGGCCUCGCACGGCGCGGAGGGGCGGGACACGCGCGGCGUCAGGGCCGAGGUGGCGCUGCAGGAAUCUACGCCAGGCGGCGUGACGGAGGGCCGAACCGGCCUGCUCAAGUGGAAAGGGGUGGUUUUUACGCCUGAGGAUGACGACAGUGACACGGAGUCGAGCUCUGCACAGGACGACACGAUCAGCCAAAGCACUCUGGAAGACAGCAACGGACAGGUCUUUACUGUGGAGCUGAACCGUGGUUGGAAUUCUCGUCUUGGGUUCAGUCUACAAAGCAGUGGCGAUUAUUCUGUCAUUAGUGCUAUCUACAGUGACAGUGUGGCUGCCAAAAAUGGGAAGCUAAAAAUCGGUGACCGAAUUAUAAUGGUAAACGAUGAAAGUGUGGAAGGAAUGGCAACAGCCAACGUUAUAGACCUAUUCAGAAAAAUACGAGGGUCAAUUGCAAUAACUGUGUGGCGAGAGAUUAAGGUGUAGAAAUCAUAAAUGUAGCUGUGGAGUGGACCAGUCUUCUCUAUCCCCUUUGCAUUCCAAGUGCUUGAGCCAAAGAUAUUCACAGCACACUGCCAUUAAAGAUGUAAGCUGGUACAUAUUUUAUCACUAAUCAAAACAAAUAAUCGAGUCCAGAAUUCUUGAUGUCAUUUUUAGGGAAAUAACAUCAGGAGAUAGUCAUUAUCCAAAGAGAUAGCACUAAAACUGAUUAAAAGUAGUAAGAUACUAGAAGAAAAGCAUCUGCAGUAGUGUCAUCAAAGACUUUUAUGGAUGUUUAUGUCAAUUUAAAACUUGUUAGGCUGGCAUUCGCUGCAGUUAUCAAAACCUUGUAAAUGCUGCAAUUUUAUUUAAAGAAAAGAGUCUGCUGACAAUUAUUCAAUGAGGAAAACUAGUACCAAUGGUACCUUAUUUUUAAUGUAGUAUUAAAAAAAACUUUACCAUGAAAUUUGAUCACAAUAAAGCAAAUUUAAUAAAGUUAG